AUGUGUCAUCAAUCUCCCACCGCACAACUCUUCGCCGCCGUCAUCUCCCUCCUUGGAACAUGUCUGGUCCUCUGGCACCUCUACAAAUACGACGGGUUCCGUUGUUUACUUCCGACGAGGAAAGACGCGUUUCGGUGUGUUAUCGUUUGGUUGUUGGUGUCUAGUUGUAUACUUUUCAACGUUGGAGAUUGGGUGAGCGCUUAUGUCAAAUAUGAAGAAUAUUACAUCUACCUGCCCAAGACCGGGGUCAUUGUAAAGCCCUACCAGCUUUGGGAGAAGGCCCACAUCACCCUGUUUCAUAUUUCGUACUACUGCUUGACCGCCGCUUGGUGUUUCCUGCUCGGAGUUCAUCUGGAAGAAUUCCUCUUCUGGACCUGGCUCCUUCAGGUGAUCCGAUCUAAACAAAGCAAGAGUUGGUUCAAGAGCGUGUAUUUCAAGCUUUGGUGCUGUGGAGUCAUAGGCGGAGUAGGGUUGCUGUUUGGGGCAGCAACGAUGGAGUUGGAUAGCUUGACGACAAUCGAGACCAACAUCUUCUUUGCUGGAAGUAUUGCGUCCUUGCUCCUCACAUUCGGGAGCGCCUGGGUCUGCUUCAAGUUCCCGGCGUUCAUCCGCGAAUCGCGCCGGCAAGGAGCCAACGGGGAGGUCAUCGGCAAACUCAACUACUUUCGUCAAAUGAACAACGCCAGGACGGCGUUUCGUCUGAUUUACACCAUAGUCCUCUUGAUCUUAUCUGCUGAUGGGCUGACUGAACACAAGACGAUCAACCACCAUGAUUUCUGGGUCGAUGCCUUCUACUCGGUCGCCAUCUUCUGCAUUUUCACGUCGACUUUGCUCUCCCUGUUCGUCCUUCUCCCUCGUGGAGGCGGAAACCACGAAGCCCUCGGAGUGGCCAAGAACAACGUCUACGUCCGAGCACCCAACCCUGAGAGUUAUCACGGGAUCUCGGCGAGCCGCGGGAGUCCCAGUGAUGCCGAGAGCUUGCCUAGUUACCGCGCUCCCAACAACGAUCACGACCCUUGGGGAGUGCUGGGAGAUCGUCUACACCUCGAGAAGGAGGAUGUACAAGAGCUCGCUGCGCAGCACAACCAGAGUGAUAUUGAGCUGCCCUUUGCCCGUCGAAACCACUUCAACGGCGGCACACCCAGUAUCAGAGGAGACUUCGAGGCUGUUGACCGGCCCGACUUCGAUACGCCGCGGCACCAACGAGUCGUUCGAAACUUCCGAAGCCCACUAGACUUCCAGAACAUGGACUUGCCGCCCGAUCUUCGAGUGGUGAUGAACACCGUUACCGUCGAGAAGCAGGAUUGA